UCGAAUUCCCCAGCCAACACAAGCUUUUCAUUUACAGCUCACCGGGCCCUCUCUUCACUCUUAUUUACAUUCUACGUCACAUCUUUGCUUUCCACCCCUUCUCGCGCAAAGCAUGAAAAUUGUACGUACCGCUCCCACACAAGAACUGGAUCACGCCCCAGAGCUGCCUGCGCUUUGACGGCACGCUGCCUACCCUACGCUGUCACGAGGGCCCGCUUCACGCACUGUCACGAAGAGUUUUCCGCUUCUGCCUUCCGCUCCCGCCGCGUCCGCAACAUCAUCACCACGGCUGGCUACCUUUAGCGACGGAUACACACACAUCUCCCACCGCCAUCGCCUCACGCACCUGACUUACGUAUACAAGAGCCUGAAGACGUCCAGCGCCCUAUCACCAGUCACCACAUCAUAGCCAUGGCCACCAUCUCCGCUGAAGCGCUUCUCGCCGCGUCCGCAAAGGACAAGCAAGAUCUCAAGGAUAUUCAGGAACUUCUCGACCGCCUCUUCACACGCAAUCGAAACCAGCAUCGCCGCAAUCACUGGUUCAAAUCGCUUCAUCAAUUCCGGAAGCAACUCGGUUUGCUCGUGCAAGAAAUGUCCUCCACCAAAAAAGUCUCCGCCGCCGCGAUCAUGGAAGCGAGACUCAAGUAUUGGGACGAGAAAUGCAUUCACCAAUGGUAUCUGCAUUUCACCCAACUCGUUGCCGUGGGACCGUUUGCGGUGCUUGGCCUCGUCCUGAUGGCCUGCACCGCCAGAGUAUGCCGAAUCACCGGCAUUACGGCGCUUUACGAAGAAAUCGCUUCGGAGGACAUGAAGGGCGUGCUUUCGGCCGUAGAUGAUGGACAUGUUGCAGAUGAGUUCGGCGGCUUGUUGGAUGAAGAAGAAGUCUGGGAUUUGGGAGAGGUUAUCGUCCGGGAGGAGUAGUUUUGCCGGCUUUCUCUUCAUUCGUGUACAAAUAAUCACGAGAGGCCCUCGGAAAUAAGGCUCAUUGGGGUAUCAAUGGAGUUCUUUUUUUGACUAUUGCAUGCCAGCAUUCAGGCUCCCUUAUCCUUCUUCAUCUCCUCCACCCCCUGCGCUACCCUCGGAAGCCACUCGGCUUGCCAGAUACCCUAUCCCAUAUAUACUCCCUUUUCUCGACUAUUCCUUCUGUCGUUACUUCUUGCCUAAUCCUACUAUACUCACUGAAGACCUCCGGUUUCCCUUUUCUCCUUCAUGAAUGCCCACCCACC